CCUCCACUCCGUCCCUCUCCGCCCCGCAACCUCCCCAAAUCCUCCCAACCCCGCGCCGCGCGUCGCACCGAAACCCUAAUCCUGUCCCGUCCGAUCGCCGUGUAAGCACCAAUGGCGGGGCCUCCCCGCCCAGCGCCGGCCGCUCCGCCCGUCCGCCGUUCCGCCCGCCUCCGCCCACAGGCGACCCACCAGCCCCCCUGCUCUCCCCCGCCACCGUCCCCGCCGGCCGCGGCGGGGUCUCCAGGAGGAACGGACCCCCGACGGUCGGUGCGCAUCAGCGUCCGGACUCGCGUCCGUGGCCUCCCCUCGGCGGCGCCGUCGUCCUCGCGGAUACGGCGCAAGUCCCCCGCGGCGCCUCUGCGGCGGACAGUACAGGCAUGCGCGGAGGAGUGGGGGGCAGCGAAGGCCGCGUCAGGCGCCCCGGCGGAGGAGUGCGUCCUCCCGUUCCUCCAGAAAGGCGCGCCGAGGAAGGUUGAAUGCCUGAUUUGCUCGAGGAGUAUCCUGCCCGAUGAAAGGACGCGAUGCUCAGGUCAUCACUGUGAAGUAACCUUGCAUAAGGCCUGUUCUGAACAAAGUGAUGGAAGCUGCCCUCGACAUAUAUGUUUUCACUGCAAAAGGAGAACAACUUGGCACCGGCUGAAACAUGUAAUGCCUGCAUGUACACAAUGUUCGCUGCAUCAAAACAGAAUGACUGGGUCUGUUGAUCCUUCAAAGCUAAUGAUAAGUUGGAGUAUUUGGCCAUCAACGAGUGAGGGUGCAGGUCCAGCAUAUAACAUUGAGGAAGCCUUCCGGCGAUUACCUCUCCCGUAUGCUGAUCAAGAGUUCAAUAUUAACCCUAUUAGGAAGGAGGAGUUGGAAAGUGUGACAAAACCACCUCCAUAUGUACAUUUGAAGCAUAAUGUGUAUUUUGUCAAGAAGAAAUGUGAUGGUGAUGUCAUUGAAGCUAAAUGCAGCGAUUGUGACCCUCCUCUGACCUGUCAAAUAAGAUGCUCGUGCAGGUCUGUGUCCAUUAGCUGCUCUCAGGCUUGCAAGUGCUCAAAUAAGUGCAGUAACAGACCAUUUCGCAGAGAGAAAAGGAUCGGGGUUGUUAAGACACAACAUUGUGGAUGGGGUGCCAUAGCAUUGGAAACCAUUGAGGAAGGUGAUUUUGUGAUAGAGUUUGUCGGAGAAGUUAUAGAUGGCGCGAGAUGUGAAGAGAGGCUUCAAGACAUGAAAAAGCGCCGAGAUCAAAAUUUCUACAUGUGUAAAGUCAACAACAACUUUAUAAUAGAUGCAACAUUCAGAGGAAAUGAUUGUCGCUUUUUUAACCACAGCUGCAGACCUAACUGUCAGUUGGAGAAUUGGCAAGUAAAUGGCAAGACAAGGUUAGGUGUGUUUUCUUUACAGGGUAUACAAGUGGGUGAGCCCUUGACCUACAAUUACAGGUACAUGAGAGACUCAAUCAGCCUAUCAUUUCAUAUACGUUUUUCUGUUAUGUACUUCUCCCUCCUUUUAUAAUGUAGUGCAUAUAGAUUAUAUGAAGUCAAACUUAGCUAUAUCUAGAAUAUCAAACAUAUACAAUAUGAAAACUUAACUCACAAUGUAUCCAAUGAUAUGCAUUUGGUAUUCUAAAUGUAAAUAUUGUUCUCUGUAAACAUGGUCAAAAUUUGCAAAGUUUGACUUUUGGAAAAAAUCUAUACACACUACAUUAUGGAAUGGAGGGAGUACUCACAUUGACGUUUGGUAUAAUUUGUAUGCAUUCUAACACCAGCAGAUCAUUUACAACGUUAAUUUGUGUAGCCAUACAGAUGCUUAGUUGGAUCUUUAUCCUGACUAAACCAUACACCUUUAGAGAAUAAACGAUAUGUCUCUUAUCAUUUUUCCUUUUCUGGUGCUCCACUGUAAAAAAAAAAUCUGGAUUCCGUUUUAUGUUUCAGCAUUUGUACUUUGUUUUCCUGGCUUUACAUUGGUCAAUAAAAACUGACACCAUAGAUAAAUAAAAUAAAAUCCUAAUGAUAGCACUAGGUUUACCUGGAAAGGAUAUGUCAGCAGUGGUGAUGCUAAAUCCAGUAUCCCUCGGUGUCAACUGUCAAGUGUCAACCUUUCUGAAAUCUUCCAAACUUCAAGUAUUCUGAUGCAAUAUAAGUUCAACAUAGCGGCAAUUUGCAUGUGGCACCGCAAUAUUAAUUCUCCAGAGGCAUCAAGCACUAAUUGUUACUAUAGUUUUAAGUUCUUGUGUAUUCCACGGCAUUUGUUAACACAGUAAUGGUUGAUUACUUGUUGACAAAAAACUUAGGGCCGAGACAUUAUUGCGACUGUGCAUAGGCAGAGUUCAGUGUAAAAUGGUACACCCUCCGGCUCAUAAUAUAAGAUGUUUUUGACUUUAGUGUAGUAUCCAAAAACAUCUUACAUUAUGGGACCGAGGGAGUAAAAGAUAGCCAGAUUAACCGCCUCCAAACCAACUAAACCGGGGAAGCUGAAGCAGAAAUGCAAUUCUCGCCCUAGAUUCUGGAUUUAUCUUUGACACAUAGCACUGAACCUGAGUAAAAUAUUUAGCAUUGGGGAAGCACUAAAAAACUUCUCCUAUAUUGCUUCACUUGGAAAAUUAGUGUUGCAAAUACACAGAAGAGAUGAUCUAGUGACCUCACGAUAGAUGUUUUAUGAUGUACAUCUCAAAUUUUUUUGGGUCCAUCUUGUAGCUUCCAGCAGCAUUUUGGUCCACAGACGGAAUGUUUCUGUGGCGCUGAAAACUGCCGAGGGAAGCUGUGAUAGGUAAAAAGACUGACCGAGGGAAGGUAGAUAACAGCUCUGACCGAGGGAAGCUGUGUCUCAAUGCAAAAGUACAUAGCAGGAAAUGGAAUGUAUAGCGAAGAUUGAUUCAGCAGCUUGGUACCCACUCUUCUUCCAAGUGUACAGGUUUUACUCCAUAAAAAGUCUGAACAUAGUAUAACAGAUGCCGAGAGCAAACUGUUUAGUUAGUUCUUAUCUCAAAUAGCAGUCCAGUUUAGUCAUUCUGGAUUGCGAAGUUGAAUCUCUGCUUUUCUCCAUCAGAUAUGUAUAUGCAUCAUUGUGUUUCAUGCUCUAUCUUUCAAAGUUUAACAAAAUCACAGCGCCAAAGAUGAGGCAACGAAAACCGGAAAACCAUUUGCACGGAAUAGCCAUUGUAUCACUGCAUCUUAUUACACACUACACCAUUUACAGACAACUGAACACAUACGCAGCGCAAUUGACCUCCGCUCGAUCUUUGGCUGAAAACUCAAACUACGACGACACAACAAGAUUAAGCAAGGCUAAUUGAGAGCAGGAGAGCUCGCAAGACAACUAGGAGUACUACUGUUUUUUCUAGUAUUUUUCUUUCAUUUAUGCCAAGAUCGAUGGAUCGACGCGGAAUGA